CUUCUUGCUAGCAACGCCUCCAGUCAGGACGCUUUCGGCGGGUUCCGUUAAAAUGGCUGUUACUGAGAGUGGAAACCCAAAGCAAGAGCAAUCGUAGUGGGUACAACUGCAUCCAGUAGUAUCGCUGGUGUCUGAUAAGGAAAACUAAAGACUGCAACGCAAUGGCUGCCCUAGAUCAAAAGUCCCCCAACGUCCUCCUUCAAAGUCUCUGCUGCAGGAUCACUGGGAAGAGCGAAGCUGAAGUAGCCCACCAGUUCCAGUAUGCUGUGAGAGUCGUCGGGAGUAACUAUGCUCCCACCAUUGAGAGGGAUGAGUUCCUAGUGUCGGAGAAGAUUAAAAAAGAACUGCUGAAGCAGAGGAGAGAGGGUGACGCUGCCCUGUUCUCUGAGCUCCACAGAAAGCUGCAGACUCAGGGGGUGCUGAAACAUAGGUGGUCCGUCUUAUACCUGCUGCUCAGUCUCUGUGAGGACCCCAGGAAACCGUCCAGGGUUGGCAGCUAUGGGGCGCUGUUUGCCCAGGCCCUCCCCCGGGACGCCCACUCCACCCCGUUCUACUGCACCCGACCUGGGAGCCUGCCCCUCAGCUACCCCGAGCGCUCGGGGCCUGGGGGCGUCCAGAUCUCCACCAGCAUGGGCACCAGUGGCAUCAGCAGCCUGGGGGUGUACUCCCUCAACGGGCCCACACCCACCCCUCAGCCCCUGCUGGCCGGACACCCACCCCAGACAGCAGGGCAGCAGCUGGGCUCUCGGCUGGCGUGGGCCCUCCCCAACACCUCCGCCCUAGCACCUACCUCACGGGCCCCGCUCGGCCCCCCACCCCUGUCCACCCGGGCCCCCAGGCCACGCCAUGACGGGGACCUCACUGCGGAGGUUGGUGAGGCUGCACUGGUCAGAGACAUCCUGUAUGUCUUCCAGGGGAUCGACGGCAAGUUCAUUAAGAUGAGCAACACAGACAACUGCUACAAGAUCGACUCCAAGGUGGUUCUCUGUAAGUCUCUGAGGGACACCAGUAACCGAUUGGCUGAGCUGGGCUGGCUCCACAACAAGAUCAGGAAGUACACUGACUCGCGCAGUCUGGACCGAGCCUUCGGCCUGGUGGGACAGAGCUUCUGUGCCUCCCUGCAUCAGGAACUGAAGGAGUACUACAGACUUCUGGCAGUGCUGCACUCACAGUUGCAGGUGGAGGAUGACCAGGGAGUGAACCUGGGAGUGGAGAGCAGUCUGACCCUCAGACGUCUCCUAGUCUGGACCUACGACCCUAAAGUCCGCCUCAAAACCCUGGCUGCCCUCGUUGACUUCUGCCAAGGGAGGAAGGGAGGGGAACUGGCGUCAGCGGUCCAUGCCUAUGGGAAGACAGGGGACCCUCAGAUGAGAGCUCUGGUGCAGCACAUCCUCAGCCUGGUGUCACAUCCCAUCCUCAACUUCCUCUACCGCUGGAUCUACGACGGAGAGCUGGAGGACACUUACCAUGAGUUCUUUGUGGCGUCUGAUCCCACAGUGAAGACAGACAGACUGUGGCACGACAAGUACUCACUGAGGAAGUCCAUGAUACCCACCUUCAUCACCAUGGACCAGGCCCGCAAGGUUCUGCUCAUUGGAAAGUCCAUUAACUUCCUGCAUCAGGUGUGCCAUGACAGAACCUCACCAGGGAAAAUCACCCCGGCCUCACCCCACCCCGGCCCCCUAGACUCCCCCAAAGAUGCUGCAGAGCUGUUAUCAGACCUGGAGGGGGCGUUCCAGGGGAAGAUAGAUGCAGCCUACUUUGAAACCAGCAAGUACCUGCUGAAUGUGCUCAACCAGAACUAUCUGCUGCUGGAGCACCUGCAGGCCAUGAGACGAUACCUGCUACUGGGCCAGGGAGACUUCAUACGCCACCUCAUGGACCUGCUAAAACCAGAGCUGGCCCGCCCAGCCACCACUCUGUACCAACACAACCUGACAGGCAUCCUGGAGACAGCCGUGAGGGCCACCAACGCCCAGUAUGACAACGCUGAGAUCCUCAAGAGACUGGACGUACGCCUGCUGGAGGUGUCUCCCGGGGAUACAGGCUGGGACGUCUUCAGUUUAGACUACCACGUAGAGGGUCCUAUCGCCACGGUGUUCACACGGGAGUGCAUGAGCCACUACCUGCGGGUGUUCAACUUCCUGUGGCGAGCCAAGCGUAUGGAGUACAUCCUCACCGACAUCUGGAAGGGACAGAUGUGCAACGCCAAGCUGCUUAAGAGCAUGCCAGAGCUGUCUGGCGUGCUGCACCAGUGCCACAUCCUGGCCAAUGAGAUGGUCCACUUCAUCCACCAGAUGCAGUACUACAUCACCUUUGAGGUGCUAGAGUGUUGUUGGGAUGAGUUGUGGAACAAGGUAGAGAAGGCCCAGGAUCUAGACCACAUCAUCGCUGCCCACGAAGGAUUCUUAGACUCUGUCAUCUCCCGCUGCCUACUGGACACCAGCAGCAGGUCCUUGUUGAACCAGCUGAGGGCGAUCUUUGACCAGAUCAUAGAGUUCCAGAGUGCCCAGGACUCUCUGUACCGCUCUGCCCUGGAGGAACUCACCCUGCGGCUGCAGUACGAGGAGCGGAAGAAGCAGAGGGAUUCUGAGGGUGAGUGGGGCGUGACGGCUGAACAGGAGGCAGAGGAGAACAGGAGGAUCCAAGAGUUCCAGGAAACAAUACCAAAAAUGCGCUCUCAGCUACGGAUACUAACACACUUCUACCAGGGCAUAGUGCAGCAGUUCUUGGUGCUGAUAAUGACUAGUCCAGACGAGAGCCUGCGCUUCCUCAGCUUCAGACUGGACUUCAACGAGCACUACCGGGCCAGAGACCCCCGUCUCAGGGCCUCACUGGGGGCCACCAGGGGCCGACGGCCCUCCAACAUCUGACCUGACGCACACCACCAUGUCACAACAUAGAGACAGAGAGCCACAUGGAAUCUGCCUUGAUAGUAUUUAUAUAUGACAUGAAGAUGACAUCAAAGUAGAGCUAGAUGGAAUCUGUUGUGAUGACAUCACAAUAGAACCAGACAGAACAUUGACAUCACAAAAGAGCCAGACAGAAUCUGUUGCGAUGACAUCAUAAUAGAGCCAGGUGGAGAUAAUACCGCAUUCAAAACAACUAGGAACUCUGAAAUCUCCGACUUCAGUGCGUUCAAAACAACUAGGAACUCUGAAAUCUCCGACUUCAGUGCGUUCAAAACAACUAGGAACUCUGAAAUCUCCGACUUCAGUGCGUUCAAAACAACUAGGAACUCUGAAAUCUCCGACUUCAGUGCGUUCAAAACAACUGGGAACUCUGAAAUCUCCGACUUCAGUGCGUUCAAAACAACUGGGAACUCUGAAAUCUCCGACUUCAGUGCGUUCAAAACAACUGGGAACUCGGUAAAAAACAAGCUCCGACUGGGAAAAAUCGUUUUGAACGGUCAUCCAACUCGGAAUUCCAAGUCGGGAACUCGGGCCUCUUUCCAGAGCUCCGACUUUCCGACCUGAAGAUCACUGACGUCAUGAUUUGACCUAGUUUUUUUCAGAAUUCCCAGUUGUCUGUUCAGUGAUCUUCAGGUCGGAAAGUCGGAGCUCUGGAAAGAGAACCCAUAGGAGGAUGCUGUAGUGGUGACUUCACAGAUUCCAUUUGGCCCUGCAUUUUAACACCUCAAGACAAAUAGGGCUAACUGGGAUUCAUUUCACUAUGACAUAAACAAACAGAACAUUUUGAAACCCUGCCUCCUCCCCCAAUGUCAUUGGCAAAUUACCUACACAAACAAACCCACUCUUUCACAGUCCCCUCUUGGGAGGUGUGGUUUUAGAAGCCUGUCAUUUUAGUAGUCUGCCUCCAGCCUCCAGCUGUGUUCACCCUCACCUCUUUGAGGUGUCUGAUAGGCUACCAUCACCGUGUGAAUUUCAUAUUGUACAUUUGAUAAUGAACAGAAUGUCUUGAUUUGAUUGGUUUGUUUACAUGUUCUGUGAAUAUUUUGUUUAGGUUUUCUUACUGACAUUUGUUUAUUUUUCAUACCAGUGUCUUAAAGUCUGCGGUGUGUUUUAUAACUGUUAAUAAACACUGUUCUAGCUGUUUAACAACUGUAUUAUGGAACCAACACCGCAGGCUCCCACCCACCUCUAAAGAGAUUCAAAAACAAUGCCCACAGCCCCUAAGGCUAAAAGACUGACAGACAUUAUGAUUUUAUUGGUGUUUUGUAUUAUUUUAACUGGGUUUCUCUUGAUUCUCCUUGCAGACUGUGGCCUCUGUUCUGCUUGUGAAUCUGUCAUGUUGAACCAGCUCAAUUCCUUAAUUGUACAAGACAGAUUUGUCAAACGUGUUGCACCCAACUUAUGCCACUUUUCUCUCCUGACCACUCAGACAAACCUGGGAAAAUACUUUUGUCAUAGUGCAACAUUAAACCUUGAAGAAGCUACAAGUGGAAUGGUAACUGUAUGGUGACAAAACUAGCCUUUCAAAACCCCCCUAUGAUGGACUAUACUGUAGUAUUCGGGUGCAUCUCAAUAGUCAGAGGUGGCUUCCUCGCCUCCCUUCCCUUUUCACUGAUCUGAAAUCAAUAUGGAAGAUGCUUACCAGGACUUGCUUUCAUUCACCUGUCAGCAGAGCAGAAGAAGGCAAUGAAGCUAUAGGCUGCGUCCUAAAUGGCACCAUACAUAAUAGGGCACCAUACUUAAUAGGGUGCCAUUUGAGAUGCGGAGUUAGAGAUGUACCCUUUAGUGUUUUAACUUCUCCCAGCAGGCUCCCCUGUCUUUCUUUCCAAUCACAAGUUCUCAUCAGGACGUGCCAAGAGAAGAUGCUACUGGAAGACCUCUGUCUGUAAAUUCUGUCCAUUGUAUAGCACAGAUGUAUAGAAAUGACAUGCUAUGGACACAAACAUCCUGUCACCUCUUUAAUAAUAAAGUCAAGUUUUUUAA